AAUUUAAGGACUAGGGUUUUAGCGAGACCAACAACUGCAGUGAAAUUCAAAUCAAAGAGAAGAAAAAAUGGGGAGCGAAGAGGAGAGCGCGGUGAAGGAGCCGUUGGAUCUCAUUCGUCUCAGCCUCGACGAGCGCAUCUAUGUCAAGCUCCGCCAUGACAGAGAGCUUCGCGGCAAACUUCAUGCUUAUGAUCAGCACUUGAAUAUGAUUCUAGGUGAUGUGGAAGAGAUUGUUACAACCGUGGAGAUUGAUGACGAAACAUAUGAGGAAAUUGUCAGGACUACAAAACGCACAGUUCCGUUUCUAUUUGUCAGAGGGGAUGGUGUCAUAUUGGUUUCACCUCCAUUGAGAACAGCCUGAUGCAGAGCAUGAAGUGCAGCUUCUUCAAGACGGUAAUCGGGAGUAAUUUUGCUUGAAUUUUUCAGAGCUGAAUAGGUAAUCACAUCACACAUUAGAACCGGCUACUCCCACAUCACACAUUAGAACCGGCUACUACAACAUCACCCAUUUUGUACUAUUUUGUUGGCCCCGACGAUGUAAGUAAUGUAAUGUAUAACAGGGCAAAACUUUCAUUUGUCGUAGACCAAGUCUCAACAACUCUGUUUUGAAAAAAA